AAAUUGACAGGUUUAUCAACGCUGCGCGUUGCGCGUGUUUAUACAUGCACGUAUGUAUAGCAAUAAUGAAAUAUCUCUCGAAAGUGAUGUGUUUUAUAGGAAGGCGAAAGUGCCGAUAGUUACAUAAUACGCCGGAUAUAAUAAAUAUGUGCCUUGUGAACUUCAUCAAACUUAUUAAGGCCUAGUUGAGCGAACGUGUGCAAAUCAUGAGCCGGUACGCUGCAUUACUGGUGCUCGAAGCAUUGACACUUCAGUUAGGAAUCUCCGUCGAAAAACCUGCGCCACAUGUCGCCAUUAUAGGAGGUGGCAUUGGUGGUGCGUCUACUUUACAUUUUCUUUCCGAGUUAUUGAAUGGAAAUUUGGAGAUUGAUUUGUAUGAGGCAAAGACUGUGGGAGGACGAUUGGCAACCAUCAAAAUUGAUGGAGAUGAAUUUGAGGCUGGUGGUUCGAUUAUACAUCCUAAGAAUAUGUAUAUGCAAAGAUUCGUUAAACUUUUAGGUUUAGAACACAGUUUUCUUGAUGAUCAGAAAUACGGUAUAUGGAAUGGAGAUGAGUUUGUUUUCACAGAGAGUAAUUGGUCUAUAAUUUCGCUGCUGAAGCUGUUUUAUAGAUAUGGUUUUCAGCCAUAUAAACUCAAGAGACAUGUAGAAAACAUGAUCGAAGAUUUUGUGAAGAUAUAUGAUCUGCAAGAUGCUGGGCAAUCUUUUGCCAAUGUCACUGACCUGCUAUCAGCUAUGAAUAAGGAUUUCCCGAAUUUAUUACAGAUAUCUAUAAGAGAUAAGCUUUUACAUAUGGGAUUUACAGAAAACUUAAUCAAUGAGUUAGAACAAGCUACUAUUAUAACAAAUUAUGGUCAGGAAGUUGAUGUACAUAGUUUCGUUGGUUUCAUAUCCUGGGCUGCGAGUGGUGACUUAUGGACUGUCAAAGGUGGAAAUAAAAGAGUACCAGAACAUCUUGUUUACAGAACUAAGAAUGUAAAUGUAAUGCGGAAUCGUGUUACAAAGAUUCGCAAUUUAGCAAACAUCAAUAAUUCGAGCCGAUACGAAGUGACUUACACAAAUAAAGAUGGCACAGAUUCAAUAACAUCGAAUUAUGAUAUCGUAAUUAUCGCCGCACCGCUUACAAAGGACCAAGCAUCUCAGAUAGAAUUUAUCGGAUUUCCGGAUAAUUUAAUGUUUCCAGGAAGUUAUCAAAUAACACAUGUGACGUUUGUCAAAGCUAAUCUCAAUCCAAAGUAUUUUGGCUUGCAAGAGAUCUUGGAUGGUAUUUUAAGUUGCAAUCCCAACAAAACGAAAAUCAGUACGGUUGGGGCAUUGGAGUCUGUUGACGGUUUGGUUAAGAAAAAUCCACGAGUUUGGAAGAUCUUCAGUAGAAAACCUGUGGAAUCAAGUCUUAUACACGACAUGUUUUCUAAUGUCAUUGAGAAGAAGGAAAUUGCUUGGAAGGCAUAUCCUCGUUAUUCAACAAAUUUGAAUUUUAAUAAUUUUAAGUUGCAUGAUGCAUUGUAUUAUGUCAAUGCUAUAGAGUGGGCUGCGAGUGCCAUGGAGAUGAGUGCGAUAGCUGGCAGAAACGUGGCUAUUUUAGCGCACAAUGAUUUUCUUCAAAUGCAAGGUUUAAACGAAGAAGCCAUUAAAGAUUCAACUAAAAAAUUACAUGUAUCUACAGAAUUGUAGUGAUAUUAUUUUUUUGUUUGUUAAUAAAUAUUAUUAAUGAAUUUUACAUUAAGGACAAAGAUAAGAUUAUUUUUGUGAAAUAAAUGUAGUAAGAUAAAAGAAGUGAUAAACAAAAAAAUGAGUAGGUAAAAUCUAAAGAAGAUUGCUAAUAAUUUGUGAUAAGAAUUAAUAUUAACACACAAGAUGUCAUUAUUUAUCUAAAUUUAACUCAUAUGUUAAACUUCACUUAUAUUUGCAUUUUUAAUUUACUGGACAUAUUUAGGGCCUUUUGCAUUGUAAUCUUUUUGUUCAAAAUAAAAAGAAAUUAAUAAAAAUUGUACAAA